CGGAACUGAUUUCAACCCGAUUAUCAGCUAUCCGAGCAGUGUCGGCUGGGGGCAGGCUGGAAGAAGCAGAGCCGCUUAUCGCAGGGAGUGUUCUACUUCCACACAAGAACCUAGGAGGCGCGGAAAUGCUUCACCCGCCCGCAAUGCCAAGUGCUCACAUUGUGCGCAGCGGCAGGGAGAGGGAGGCGGAGAAGGAACAGAGUCUAGUGAGGCUGCAAGCAAGCUUGCCGCUGUCGUGCUCGUUCAGCAGUGAGACGAAAGAAGCUUAAGUCGUGGACGACUACAGUAGGAUAUCCAGUGUCAUCGUGGGCUAAAAUGGCAUCACAAAAACGACCGCAGUACCAGUGGCGAGGAAGACAACUGUCGUGGAAGGGAUUCUUACUAACUCUUUGUGUAUUUUGUUGUAAGCAGGCAACGUCCCAACCCUCUGCCGGUGUUAUUGAAUUUAGGCUGAGGGAAUUUAUGAAUGUGACUAUAUUACCAGCCCACGUGUUGGAGGCUAAGUUGAACCAUAUUCCAGAAGAUGAUGCUUUUCUUAUCUUCCAGCUUCACACUCAGUUUCUUAAUGUUAACAUCUCCUUCAGUUUGGAUUAUGAAGUAAACUCAACUCAGAAAGGCAGUGAUGUAGGACUGUUUUUUCCUCUCCAACCACUGCAGAACUCAACAAUUUGGUACUUAACUUCGGCAGAACACAAGCCAAUAAACUGUACUGCAGUGAUUCUGCCCUACAGGAGCAGAGAUCCUGUUCCAGGAGGCUGUAAUAAUGGAAGUAACAUAAGUGAUCCCAAUAUUUAUGUAAGCUAUAACUUGUUUGAGACAACCAUUUCUUUUGAACCUGCCAGCACUGGAUAUGCAAGGGGACAGACCACUUCACCUUGCAGUACCCUUGGCAGGCAGUUCCAGUAUGAGGUUUACCAGUAUCUUCUUCCUGAAAAUAAUUUAUCUGAAGAAGUUUUGAUUUACCAUCUUCAGAGAGUGGUGAUUGAACAAGGGACGGCAAAUGGAAAACCAAUUAAAUCUCUAAAUGCCAAUGAAGAAACCAGAGUGUCUUUCAACUCUGUUCCUGGCCAAGGAGUCAUCUUCUUAGUGAUUGUGAAAGAUAAUGUUUUGAACACAUCAUCGUUGUACCUUCCUGCUCAUACCUAUGCCUGUGAUUUUGCUUCAAUUGUGGACAACUGUUACACAUUGGGAAAGAUUUCUACAAAGGUUUUUUUCAUCUUUAUUGGUAUUGCUGGAUUGUUUAUUUGCUUCUUUGGUCACAGAUACUUCAAAUGUGAGCUGUUUUUUAUGGGAUUUUUGCUCUCUGGCAUCAUCUGUUUUGCUGUUAUCACCAAGACUUCAUCUCUGAACUAUGAUGCUCGCUUAGGCUUAACUGCAAUGACAGGAAUCAUAUCGGGAGCCCUUGUGGCACUUUGUUGGUGGAGAUUCGGUUCUGUCAUCAUGUGCAUGGCAAUGGUCAGCAUUAUACUGGGAUUAAUUCUAGCAUCCAUCAUAUUCUUCACUCGAUUAGGGGACUUCAACAUUUUCCAGAGUGAUAUCAUUUUCUGGGUGCUCUUUUGUGUUAUAGCCCUUAUUGUCCCAUUGUUAUUCAUUUGGUGGCCAAGAGAGGGAAACAUCAUAGCCUGUGGAGUUGUUGGGGCAUAUGCUGUAGUUUUGGCUGUCCACACUUUUGCUUCUACCACUUUUGCCUACAUCACCUUCAACACCCUAAAGCGAGCCUUAAAUGACGAUUUCAGCAGAAGUUUCACCAACGUACACUUUCAGGAUAUUGAUAUCGUGAUGUUGGUUGUGUGGGUCUGCCUUGCUGGAAGUGGAAUUGCAGUUCAGUACUGCAGGGAAAGGACUAAUCCUCUGUUCCCACCAAACCCUUAUAUGAUAUGGAAACAGGAGCAAGAGCGAAGGAAGACCAAUAUUCUGGACCCCAGCUAUCACAUUCCCCCACUGCGAGUACGCUUGAAAAACAAAUUGGAGGACCUGUUUAAAAGAGAAGAACCAACAGGAGAGAGAACUCCACUGCUUUUAUAGCUCCUUCUAGAGCUUAAAAUGUCUUGUUGUUAUUGUCCUGUCCUAAGGAUGGCAUUAAUAUGGCACCUUUCAUGGUGAACCUUCUUCCAACAGACUUACGUUUACAUUCUGUAUGCAAGUGGGUCCAGUAAUUUGUGCCUUUAUGGAGUUUCAAAGUGAACAUCCCCUGUCCAUCAACUGUAACAACGGAGAUGUUAAGUGGGACAUCAGUUCAGGCACUUGUUGGCAUGCUACUGAAGCAAGAGGGGGCAAACCCAGGUAGCCUGAAGAGACGCGCAGGCUUGGAUAUGCUUAGACGGUUGUUGGCACAUCUGUCAAUGUGUUAAACAGUUGAGAGCCUCUGACCACUUUGGAUUGCUGGGACUGAAGGAACAAGAUUGAAUCGGUGUGGAAACUUCUUCAUACACCAAAUGCCUUGCUGUCAUAAUGACUUAGGGCUACUAGAAUUUUAUAAAAUAUUUUAAUAGAAAUUCUAUUGAUUCCUGAGCACUUUCAUUUAAGAAAAGAAAAUGUGCUGGUAAGAUGUGGUAGUCUGUAAUUCUGAACUCUAAACAGAUUUCUUCAGCAUAACACCAGAAGUUCCUGGUGAGCCUGCACACAGUUUGAUUGUAAACAUUUUAUAAAUACUUUUAAUACUUUGUGUCUAAAAAGUUAACUCUAAUGCAUUUUCCACUUACUACAUUGGAGAACGAACAUGUUAAAAUUGGAGAAAUUUUUGUGGCAGAUGUAAUGAUCAUUUACGAGCCACAUUUCAUGCAGAAGCGUAUCACAAAGACCAAAAGUUGUAGUCUACCUCUUCAGAAAUGUUCAUUCACCAUGAAUGACUAUUUAGGCACUUGCAUGCAUGCAAUGAAAGAUAUUUCGGCAUUCAGCCAGCUUUAUUUCAAACUUUUGGCUAACAUUACAUCUUAUAAACCAUUUUGCAGCAGCUAGUUUAAAAUUUUUUUUCCCCGUAUGAGAUACACCUGAUGUCCACUGUCACGUGGCUUUGUUUAUGAACGGUAUUGAAACGGGGUAAGGAGUACAUCAGGCAAAUUGCUUUGUGUUUCUUUAAAGUGAAUUUCUCUAUUUUAAUACUUUUUUGUUUAUCAUGUCAAUGGAGAGCGGAGACUUGUUGCUUAUUGGUCUGAAUUUCACUGGACUCUCUGACAAUACAGUACUGCUACAGAUCAGGCUAACAAAUUACAGCCCCAAUUCCAAAAAAGUUGGGCGUCUGUCUGAAAUGUAAAUAACAACAGAAUGCAAUGAUUUGCAAAUCUCAUAAAUCCAUAUUUUAUUCACAAUCAAACAUAGAAAACAUAUCAAAUGUUAAAAGUGAGACAUUUUACUUUUUCUUGAAAAAUAUCAGCAUAGUUUGAAUUUGAUUGCAGCAACACAUCUCAAAAAAGUUGGGGUGGGGACAACAAAAGGCUGGAAAAGUAAGUAGUACUAAAAAGAAGCAGCCAGAGGAACAUUUUGUAACUACCAUAUAUUCUCACAUAUAAGUUGGGUCUUUAAACUGUGAAAAAUCGAUCAUAAAAUCAGACCCCAACUUGUAUGCCCGUUCAA